AUGACUGACGAGAAGCCAUCUAGCGAGUACACAUCACGAGCGAACCUGACCAUUCUGGGCUCCUUUACCGGACUUUUCUGCACCGUGGGCUUCUUGAACUCGUUUGGUGCCUUUGAAGAAUACUAUGCGAAGAAUCAGCUUGCGAAUAAGUCUGAAUCCACAAUCGCAUGGCUUGGAGCUCUCAGCAUCUUCUUUGUCUUCUCCGUGUCCGUAGUGUCUGGCCCUCUACUGGACGCCUUUGGACCAAGGCUAUUGCUCUAUGUCGGCUCAUUCGGGACUAUAUUCUCAAUCAUGAUGACCUCGCUUUGCAAAGAAUUUUACCAGUUCAUUCUUGCACAGGGUAUCUUGCUCGGUGCGUCUCUAGCACUUUUAGUCUGCCCCAUGCUUGCUCUCGUCGGCCAGUAUAUCAAAGUCAAGCGUGGAGCCGCUAUGGGGAUCGUCAUUGCAGGUUCCUCCCUAGGGGGUGUUAUCUGGCCUAUUGUCAUUAACGAGCUCUUGAAAAAACCCACCAUCCGAUUUGAAUGGACGAUGCGCAUCGUUGGGUUCAUCAUGAUACCUCUUCUUGCCAUUUCGUGUCUUUGUUGUCGGCCUCCUAAGAUUCCAACAGCUACGAAGAGGCUGCAAGACAAACCAGACGCCAACGAGGCUGUGACCCCGGAGCGGGAGCCUGUGAGUACUCCCAAGACAAGAUUUUCGAUCUUGCGAGAGCCCAAAAUGCAGGUGACUUGCCUGGCAUUUUUCAUCACUUAUUUCGGCAUGUUUUCCCCUUUCUUCUUCACCACAUCCUAUGCCGUAGCACAGGGCUUCUCCACCGACCUGUCAUUCUAUACAAUAUCCAUUAUCAACGGAGCGUCCCUUUUCGGUCGCAUUAUUCCGGGCAUCCUUGCGGAUCGAUAUGGUCGGUUCAAUAUCUGCAUUCUCGCGACACUUUUGUCCGGUAUUAUCGCAUUAUGCUGGACAACUGCUACAUCCGUUGCGGGCUUGGUAAUUUGGUCUGCGGCAUAUGGAUUCACGUCUGGUGUACGCCUUGGUCUAGCCUUGGUCCCUUUCAUAAGAAAUGCUGACACCCUUCAAGGCCAUUCUCUCCCUUCAACAAGCUUGUGCAGCCCAAAUUGCGACACCAAACACCUUGGGCUUAUCAAUCGGUGCUGUCAUGGCAUCUACAUCCCUUUCCGCAAUGGCAGGCAUCCCUAUCAGUGGCGAACUGGCUGGCAAGUACGGAUAUCUGUCGCUUUCUAUCUACUCCGGUGUCAGCCUCUUAGUCGGUACUUUGUUGCUUGUCGUAGCACGUCUGAUGCAGAGUCGGGAUUUGCUAGCAUUCGUCUGAGAUCUCGGAAUAUGCAACAGUAG